CGCCGCAGCGCCCGGGUCUGGACAGCCUGCGGGGAGGCGCACACCCUCGUCCACCGCUCCCGGCGCAGCCCUGCCCAGCAUGUCGGCGCUCGAGUGGUACGCCCACAAGUCCCUGGGCGACGGCAUCUUCUGGAUCCAGGAACGCUUCUAUGAGUCGGGCAACCGCGCCAAUAUCUGGCUGGUGCGCGGCUCCGAGCAGGAUGUGGUGAUCGACACGGGCCUGGGGUUGCGCAGCCUCCCGGAGUACCUGUACUCCUCCGGCCUCCUGCAGGAUCGCGAGGCCAAAGAGGACGCGGCGUGCCGGCCACUGCUAGCUGUGGCCACCCACGUGCACUUCGACCAUGCCGGCGGCCUCUACCAGUUCGACCGGGUGGCCGUGCAUCACGCCGAGGCCGAGGCGCUGGCGCGCGGGGACAACUUUGAGACCGUGACCUGGCUGUCUGAUAGUGAGGUGGUGCGGGCGCCCAGCCCGGGUUGGAGGGCCAGGCAGUUCCGAGUGCAGGCGGUGCAGCCCACCCUCAUCCUGCAGGAUGGGGAUGUGAUCAAUCUUGGUGACAGACAGCUCACUGUUAUGCACAUGCCUGGUCACUCCAGGGGCAGUAUUUGCUUACAUGACAAAGACCGAAAGAUUCUCUUCAGUGGAGAUGUUGUGUAUGAUGGAUCACUGAUUGAUUGGCUCCCAUACAGCAGGAUAAGUGACUAUGUUGGAACCUGUGAACGGUUGAUAGAAUUAGUGGACAGAGGUCUGGUUGAGAAGGUGCUUCCUGGCCACUUCAAUACCUUUGGUGCUGAAAGGCUUUUUCGAUUGGCUUCUAACUAUAUAUCAAAAGCUGGGAUAUGUCACAAAGUUUCUACUUUUGCCAUGAGAUCUCUUGCAAGUUUAGCCCUACGUGUAACAAAUUCUAGGACCUCACCCUAGUAUGUGAACUGAUAAUCUAUUUUGAUUAAUUCUGUAAAUUAAUCCAAUUCAUUUUGUGCUGUUUAAAAUGAAUAACAGUGAGCAUCUCAAGAAGUGCUUUUGUAUAUUAUAGAAAAAAAGAUUGAGAAUGAAUAAGCCAAAAAAGGAAAUCUUAGUUUAAAUUAUUUUCUUCCAAAUAAGAAACCGCUUAAAUAAGCUUAUUAUUUGCCAAAGCUGUCAUCUUGUAAUAUUUUCAAAAGCAAGGAGGUUUUUACUCUAAGAAAAAGACCUGUCCUAGCUUCCCAUUUGUCUUAUUUUAUUUCCUAGAUGACCUUGGUAAACAGGCAAAAUAUUUUAUGUUCAUACAACAAACUUGGUAUUUUUAGUUUAUUAUUUAGAGAUGUUUCUUGGGUUUGAAAUACAUUAUAACUCAAUACAAAAAUACAAAUUAACAUAUAGAAUGAGAGCUAAAACAUUCCAUUGUUAUGGUACUGAACAUUUCAUACUUCAUUUUACUUAUUUAUUCUUAAUGUUAUUAUAGUGUACAUUGUGUGUUGUGUAAUUUUACUUACAAAAACAACAAUGGAUUUUGUUUUAUUGUAAAGCUUUAAAUAUAAUUGCAAGAGUGCUUCAGUAAAAAGCUAAUAUAUAUUGUUGUUUGUUAUUAUGUAAGUGUAAUAUUUUUAAUCAUAAAAGUGAAAUUCAAAUGUUUGUAAUCUAAAUACAAACUGUCAGAUUUCUCAAAAGGACACUGUCAGGCAAAUUUGAAAAUAUACACAUUGAAAAUAAUUUUUUAAUAUAUCCUAUUUUAAUAUUAACAGCUAUUAUAAACAAAAUUUUUCUUGUUAAAUAGCAGCUUCAGUAUAUGUAUCAUAUUUUAUAGUAUCAAAACACCAAGAGAACUACAACAUCCUAACAUAAACCAUUCUUUUACUAACAUAACAUGCAGAAAGCUUUUCAAAUUAAUUGCAAGGUGUGCAUUAGAUAUUGACUUCAACUGAAUUGCCUUUUUUUAAUCCUGAUUCACAACACCUAUUCCUGUUCAGUAUUCUUUGUCUUGAAUGAAAUGGAGUCUAUAUAUGUCAAGUUAUAGGAAAGGUUAUGCCGCUAUUCUGUAAAAUAUUUUGAUUUGGUGCUCUUAAUAAUUUAUUAAAAACUCUUGGAAUCUUUCAUAAAGAUUUUUUAAACAGUUUUUCCCCACUGCCUUUUUAUUAUUAACAUAUCUAAAGCCUAACUGAGAUAGCUUUGGAAAUCAUAUUUUUUUAUAUUAAGAAAGUCCAUCAAUUUUGAUUUCUAAAAAAUUAUGAAACUUCCUUCCCUACAUCUACCCAUGUUCAAUAUACAUACCCCAUGUGCAUAAGAAUCAUCACGUACAUACAUGCACAGCAUUGUGCUAAACACUGUGGAAGCUUAAAAAGUCAAAGUGAGUUUAUCUUAGCUGGAAGUAGAAGGUAAACAAAAAAUAAAUAAUAUAUGCAGGUUGAUGUUAAUACAAAUUAUACAUGAGUGUCAGGGACAUAAAUGAAGGGUUGUAAAGUUUGGUUAGAGAAAGGUUUUUGGAGGAGUUUUUGAGUCAGAUUUAGAAAGAUGAUUUAUUAGAUGGUAAGGAUAGAAAACGAAAAGAUCCAGAAAUAGAGAUGGAAACAUUGCCUUCUAGAGUAGGUUAUUCCUUCUGAAAUUUAAAUUUAGUUUUCAGAGAAAGGAUGAGAAAGAUGGGUUUGUGAUUAUGCAUAUAAAAAUCAUCCUAAUGACAGACAAGCUAUAAUGCCACAUGCCACCAAAUGAACCAUUACUUAAACUCAAUAAGGAAGUCAUGAUUAUUCCAAUGUAGAAUAUCUUGGAGUUUCUUUAUGAUAGUCAUUCAAGGUGGUAGGUCUGUUUUAACUGAUAGUGCAACAUCAAGAAUAUAGAUUUGGUUCAGGGCAACUACAAAAAAUCACUUAAUGAGCCUUAAAUAUAGCCAUUAUUUUUAUAUCAGUAGCACAAAAAAACAAAAAAAAAAACAAACCAAAAGUCCUUAACCAUUGACCAUUUUAUCAUUCUUUAGGACUUUUUUUUUUUUUAAUCAGGGUAUAGUAGGCACUAAGUUUUAUUGAGAAAUAUUUAAGCCUGAUACAGGAUUUCCUUAUUUCUUAAGAGUGUGAUUUUUCAAAGUACAUUGAUUUUAUUUUUAAACUUCUCAUUUUUUUUCAGUUUUUCAAAUUGUACCAAAACAUAAGACUGUGAUAUAUUAUUGCUAGUGCUUCAAUGGAAUUAAAUUGAGGAAAGGAUCUAGCAUUCAUUUAGUGCCCAUGCUAUGCAUUUUAAAAUAUGCAUUAUUUAACUUAAUCCUGGCCCCAGUGCCAAGAAAUAAUUGACCAGCUUCAUGCAAGAAAACUUUGGACAAAGCUGGUAAUUGAACACAGGUCUGUCUGCCUCCCAAACUGUGCUCUUUCUCUAAUACCUGCACAAUGACAAAAUUGGCAAAGUGUAUUUUUACUUUCCAAGAUGCCACAUGUGCCAAGAAUAAAUCAAGGGAUGUUAAAGCAUAAAAGCAUAUUUAAAAAAAAAAAGCUUUAAAAAUAUAUAUUUUCACCCUGACAGUGACCCUUUGUUAUAAUUUAUGGUUUGGGAAGUAAUAGUAUAUAAUUCAAAUUCAAAAUGUAAGACAUUUAGAAAUAGUUUAUAUUAUUCAUAUUGUUGAUAACUUAAUCUUUGGAAAUUCAUUUUCCUUAUUUGGUAUUUGUUUUUAAUGGAGAAGUCUAUAACUAAUAAAAACCUUGUGUGUUAUCCUGAUAUAGUUGAAUAAAUAUCUGUGUGUAAAUGUUCUUAUAUGGAUAGUAAUAUGAAUGUGACAUGCACAAAUUGUCCUCAUAAUUUUCAGAUAAGUGUAAGUAAACAUGUGUGAUAAAUAUUAAAGUGGACAUUUUAUUUCAACCUGUAGUUGGUAUUUUUU